CCACGAGUCCACGACCACGACAACCCCGUCCCUAUACGCAACAACUCCACGAAGCUUCCAAUUAUAAAUUAGUUUCAGUUUCUCCGCCCCGGCCAGCAUUUUCAGGUUCUAGCUAGCUCGCACUCGUUCCGAUUAAGCUUUACAGCCAGUUAGAACGAAAAUUUCGGUCUAUAUAGCGCACGUCCAAUAGCUAGCUGUGGAGUACGACAGAGAAGCCGCGUCUGCAGAAAAUUUCAGCACAAAUUAACACGUAGCCAACUGUACUUCUGCGUACGUGAUGGCUGGGGAAGAAGCGAAGAAGGCGAUGCCGGCUGCACCGGAGGCAGAGAAAGACGUGGCCGUGGAGAAGGCCGUAGUCAUCCCACCUCCCCCAAAGGAGAAGAAGAACCCACCGGCCGAUGACUCCAAGGCUCUGGUCGUCGUCGAGAAAGUUGCUGAAAAACCUCGUGAUGAGAAGAAGAACACGCACAAGGGCACAAAUGACAGAGACGUUGCUCUUGCGAAGGUGGAAACGGAAAAGAGGGGCUCGUUGAUCAAAGCAUGGGAGGAGAACGAGAAGGCAAAAGCUGAGAACAAGGCUGCUAAGAAGAUAGCGUCUAUUCUUUCAUGGGAGAACACAAGGAAGGCAAACAUAGACGCUCAACUGAAAAGGAAAGAAGAAGAGUUAGAAAAGAAGAAAGCCGAAUACGCGGAAAAGAUGAAGAACAAAAAGGCAAUCGUCCACAAGGAAGCUGAAGAGAAGAGAGCCAUGGUAGUGGCCCGGCGUGGGGAAGAUGUCCUCAAGGCUGAGGAGAUGGCUGCAAGGUACCGUGCUACUGGGCUGGCUCCGAAGAAAGUUCUGGGGUGUUUUGGGGCAUAAGGAACACCUGAAUCUUUAUGCGCUGGAGCCUAGAGGUGAUUUGUUAUGUGUAGUUGUUUUCCUCUUUAUACUCUGAUGAAAGUGUGCCCUGUUAAUUGUGAUUUAAGUUUUACAAACUCUUCAUGUUGCAUACGUGUUAUUCCCACGACAGGUUUUUGGUAGUACAUAUAUAGCCUGCAUUGUUCGUGUUGUCUGAGACUGAACAUUUACUUGCAGUCAGUAAGAAUUCGCAUUGUUCAGCAUC